UGUCCAGCUUGUAGACAAGAGAAUUCAGAUAUAAUAGAGGACAUGGCAAGAGGAGAGUUGAUCUGCCGUGAUUGCGGUUUCAUUCUGGAGGAGCGUACGAUCAGCGAGGAUGCAGAGUGGCGCUCAUUCGACGAUGACGACAUUGAUCGAAGCAGAGUUGGCGCCGCUACAAACCCUCUACUGUUGGAGGACGAACUAUUCUCAUUCGUCAGCAGAUCAAACUACUCCUCCAGCUCACUUUACUCACAACAAAGAAUACAGACCUCAUCGGCUGUCAACAAGAAUCUAAUCACAUCAUUUGAACUCAUAAAGAAUAUGGCCGAUCGUCUGUGCCUGCCAGAGACAGUGAUGAACAGGGCCAAUGAGAUAUUCAGUCACGUGAACAAGACGAUACGCACAAAUAAAGGACGAUCACCAAAUGGAUACGCAUCAGCAUCUCUCUACCUGUCGUGCCGAACGCAGGGCAUGCCACGAACCAUUGGAGAGGUGCUGUCCGUGUCUGACCGUGUCUCAAAGAAGGACAUUGGCAGGUGUAUCAACAACAUCACCAAGUCGUUUAGCACGACCGCAUCACCACAGGCUGUUGCACCAGAUGCAUUCAUCACGAGGAUCUGUGCCAACUUGGAGUUGUCACAUGAGAUCAGACGUCUCUCUGAGCGCGUCUCGAUCAAGUCUGCUGAGUUAUCAUUGAACGAAGGAAGGAAGCCAAUAUCAGUGGCAGCAGGCUGUGUAUAUUAUGUAGUCAAUCAAUUGAUAAGUGACAAGUCAGUGCGACUUUCACUUCAAUCAGUGUCCGAUGUCACUGGUGUAUCUACGACAACAGUCAGCAAUGUAUAUAAGGAGUUGGUGGCCAAUCAAUCAUCACUCACGAUCGCU